UAGUGGCCAACCACCGACCAAUCCGCCAUGAAUAUUGCUCAGAUUAUCUUCUUCGCGUCCCUUCUACUACCACUUCACGCAUCAACGUUGGAACAUCAGAAUUCGAACGCUGGUGAUGGAGACACCAUCAUAUUCACCACUCUAGGACGAUCGCGCUACGAAUUCGACAUUUUCACCCUCUCAACGACUCAUCCACCGUCCGAUUCCAACGAGCUCCGUAUCACCGAUGGAGAAUCCGUAAAUUUCAACGGCUAUUUCCCGUCUCCAUCACCGGCGCUAAUCUCUCUUCUUCCCGACGAAACCCUAAUUCAAAUGGAAGAUUCGUCUCCUCUGCAUCUCAUCUACGUCACCGAGAGAAACGGUACUUCUAGCAUAUACUACGAUCUAAUUUACGGCGGCGACUCCGAUUCUAAAAUGAAACGACGAUCUGUGUUAGAAGCACCGUCUAGAGUCCAAGUUCCGUUGUUAUCCGGAUUUGAUCAUCGGAGUGGCACGACGGUAAAUUCGUUUAAAGAUAAGCCUAGUUUAAAUGGUGAGUUUCUUGUCUACGUGUCAACUCACGAGAACUCAGGUGAGCCGAGAACAAGCUGGACCGCCGUUUACUCUACCGAGUUAACAACUGGGUUAACCCGGCGGUUAACACCGAGUGGUGUAGCUGAUUUUAGCCCAGCGGUGUCGCCUUCUGGAAAUUUAACAGCCGUGGCUUCGUACGGAGAGAGAGGCUGGACAGGGGAAGUUGAAGAGCUAAGUACGGACAUAUAUGUAUUCUCGACUCGGGAUGGGACUCACCGUGUCAAAGUGGUGGAGCACGGUGGUUGGCCGUGUUGGGUCGAUGAGUCGACUCUGUAUUUCCAUAGAAGAAGCGAGGUGGAUGGUUGGAUCAGUGUGUACCGAGCGAUCUUACCUGAAAACGGACAGUUGACUACAGAGUCAGUGACUAUACAAAGAGUCACACCACCGGGAGUUCACGCUUUUACACCUGCCACGUCACCAAACAACCACGAGUUCAUAGCGGUGGCGACGAGGAGACCAGGUUCGGAUUACCGCCACGUGGAGUUGUUUGAUCUGAAGAGGAGUGAAUUUAUUGAGCUGACACGUUUGGUGGCGCCAAAGAGUCAUCACUUGAAUCCGUUUUUGUCCCCUGAUUCGUCUCGAGUCGGAUACCAUAGUUGUAGAGGCGAGGCUAAUGGACGGAGAAGUCCUCUGCUUUUUCUAGAGAAUAUUCAAACCACUACAAGGGACCUCUCUCUCUUUAGAAUCGAUGGUUCGUUUCCUUCCUUCUCACCUGGAGGUGAUCGUAUCGCAUACGUCAAAAUGCCUGGUGUGUUUGUAGUGAAGCCGGAUGGUUCAGGGCAGCGUGAAGUGUACAACGGAAUGGCGUUUUCGACGGCUUGGGAUCCGGUUCGACCUGGAGUUGUGUACUCUAGCUCAGGUCCAACGUUUGCUACAGAGAGAACAGAGGUUGAUGUCAUCUCUAUUGAAGUCGAUGCAGCUGACAAGUCAUCUUCCGUGAGGAGGCUAACGACAAAUGGGAAGAACAAUGCUUUCCCUUGGCCAUCUCCGGAUGGUAAGCGGAUAGUGUUUCGUUCGGGGCGGACUGGUCACAAAAACCUCUACAUAAUGGAUGCUGAGAAAGGCGAAAGCGGUGGUCUAUGGAGGUUAACCGAAGGUGCAUGGACCGACACAAUGUGUAACUGGUCACCGGAUGGGGAAUGGAUCGCGUUUGCAUCCGAUAGAGAAAGCCCUGGCUCAGGUAGUUUUGAGCUCUUCUUGAUCCACCCCAACGGAACAGGGUUAAGGAAACUCAUCCAAAGCGGGACAGGUGGGAGAACUAACCACCCAAUCUUCAGCCCGGACAGUAAAUCAUUAGUCUUCACAUCUGAUUAUGCUGCAAUCUCAGCGGAACCGAUUUCAAACCCGCAUCAUUACCAGCCAUACGGUGAUAUCUUCACGGUGAAAUUAGAUGGCUCUAAUUUGAGGAGGCUGACGCAUAACUCUUAUGAAGAUGGGACACCGGCAUGGGCUCCUCGGUUCAUCCACCCGAACAAUGUGGUGCUGCAAAGGAGGAACGAUUCUAGGGUUUCAGACGGGAGCGGGAAAAUCCAGAAAACGUCGUAUAAGGUUUAUAAAGGAGUCUCUCCGGCACCGGGAAAGAAUUGGGAACAGAAAAUUAGAGGAAUGGCGCCAGUUCUUCAGAGCUCACAGCCAUGGGUUGAGAAAUACCGGCCGAAGCAGGUUAAGGACGUUGCUCACCAGGAAGAGGUGGUUCGUGUCCUCACCAACACUCUCCAGACUGCUGACUGCCCUCACAUGCUCUUCUAUGGACCGCCAGGCACUGGAAAAACCACUACUGCACUUGCCAUCGCCCACCAGCUCUUUGGACCUGAACUAUACAAGUCUAGGGUGUUGGAGCUCAAUGCAAGUGAUGACAGAGGCAUUAAUGUUGUUCGGACAAAGAUCAAGGAUUUUGCUGCUGUUGCUGUUGGGUCUAAUCAUCGUCAAAGCGGUUAUCCUUGCCCAUCGUUUAAGAUCAUCAUCCUAGAUGAGGCUGAUUCGAUGACAGAAGAUGCUCAGAACGCCUUGAGGCGCACAAUGGAAACUUACUCCAAAGUCACCAGAUUCUUUUUCAUUUGUAAUUACAUCAGCAGGAUCAUAGAGCCCCUUGCUUCCAGGUGUGCGAAGUUCAGGUUUAAACCACUUUCUGAAGAAGUCAUGAGUAACCGUAUAUUGCAUAUUUGUAAUGAAGAAGGUCUCAGCCUUGGUGGAGAGGCUCUUUCAACUUUGAGCUCCAUAUCACAAGGUGAUCUCCGUAGGGCCAUCACAUAUCUGCAGAGUGCUACUCGGUUGUUUGGGUCAACAAUAACUUCUACAGAUUUACUCGAUGUGUCUGGGGUAGUUCCUCUGGAGGUAGUCAAUAAACUUUUUACUGCAUGCAAAAGUGGUGAUUUCGAUAUUGCAAACAAGGAAGUGGAUAACAUAGUUGCAGAAGGAUAUCCGGCAUCUCAAAUCAUCAAUCAGCUAUUCGAUAUAGUUGCGGAGGCUGACAGUGACAUAACAGACAUGCAAAAGGCUAAGAUCUGCAAAUGUUUAGCUGAAACUGAUAAGCGACUUGUAGACGGGGCGGAUGAGUACUUGCAGCUUCUGGAUGUGGCAAGCACUACAAUUCUUGCCCUCUCAGAAAUGGCUCAAGACUUCUAAUGCAAAUACCCUUUAAAGUAUAAAGCUCUGCAUCUUGAUCCUGCUUGGUUUGGACCUUUUCCUUAUGACUCAUGAGUUUUCACAAUGCCACUGUCAUAGUUUAGGUUUUGAUAAAAAAAGUUGGAGCUU